UAUUAAACUUGGCAAGUGCUAAAACUCAAACGAGCCCUUUUGGAGCUCUUGGUCUAGAUCCAUUUCUCCAAUUUAGGGUUUUUGCUUCCCUUGUACUUUUAUCUUGCAAUAGAACCAUCGGUUCGGUUCAUCAUUUGGUUUUAAUUUGAAUUCCACUUCUUCUCCGUCGAAACCCUUUCAAUCAGGUCCAGAAUUGUUGCUCAAAACUCUUUCAUCUGAUCUCCAAUGGCUGAACACUUGGCCUCAAUAUUUGGCACGGAGAAGGACCGUGUCAACUGCCCUUUCUAUUUCAAGAUCGGCGCCUGCCGUCAUGGAGAUCGCUGCUCUCGCCUCCACAACCGCCCUACUAUUUCCCCGACACUUCUCUUGUCGAACAUGUACCAACGCCCCGACAUGAUCACCCCCGGCGUCGAUGCUCAGGGCCAGCCUAUAGAUCCCCGAAAGAUUCAGGAGCACUUUGAGGAUUUCUAUGAAGACAUUUACGAGGAACUUGGUAAGUUCGGUGAGAUCGAGUGCCUUAAUGUCUGUGAUAAUCUCGCCGACCACAUGAUUGGCAAUGUCUACGUUCAGUUUAGGGAGGAGGACCAGGCAGCUGCCGCAUUACAAGCGUUGCAAGGGCGGUUCUACUCUGGUCGACCCAUUAUCGCAGAUUUUUCUCCGGUGACUGAUUUCCGCGAAGCCACGUGCCGCCAAUACGAGGAGAAUAAUUGCAAUCGAGGGGGAUAUUGCAAUUUUAUGCAUGUCAAGAUGAUCGGGAAGGAUUUGAGGAGGAAGCUGUUCGGUAGGCAUCGGGGAUAUAGGCGGAGCCGGAGCCGGAGCAGGAGUAGAAGUUUGAGUCCGCGGAACCGGAAGGAGUUGGAUAGGCGCGAGAGGGAUUACAGAGAUCGUGAGUCUCGCGGAAACGGACGGAGCAAGGAGCGUCAUGAUAGGUAUGAUAGGGAUGGGGGAAGGAGAAGGCAUGGUAGCCCCAGACGAAGCAGAAGCCCUGUGAGAGAAGGAAGCGUAGAGCGCCGUGCCCGUAUUGAACAGUGGAACCGAGAAAGGGAGGAGAAGCAGUGAAGUGACGACGUGUUUUGGUAAUUGUUCUGUGCUCUGUCAUUUAAUUAUAUACCUUACACCACAGUACUUUCUGCCUGAAUAGGAAGUAGAAAUCUGUUCUAGACAAAACGAUGGAUAUGAUAUGAUAUCAAGUAGCCUUUUGGUUUGGUUACCUGCUAUUCUGUUUCUA